AUGAAACUCGGUUUUCGAUUGAAUUCUCUAAUUUUAUUCGCUUUCGUGAUUUUGAGUGACGCGCAGACGACGACUACGACAACCACGACAACCACGACAACAACCACCUCCACAGCCACCCCGACCACCACUGCUACGUUCAUUUGCAUUUGUGACAGCUCGGCGACGGCGGUUGCUGGGCAAACUUGUUUGAUCAGCUUCUACGGUUCCGAUCCCGAAACCGAUUACAAUCUUUCCGGUUGCGAAUGCCCCUCAGGCAAAGGCGACCCGCUAUUCCAAUCAUGUGACUCGGGGGUUUUCGUGCAAUAUUGUGUGGCAAUCGUGGACAACUACGACAAUGCGACGACAACGACGACCACGGUGGCCACAACAACUGCCUGCGAAGACGCGAAUUCAAACGGUAUCUGCGACUACCUAGACGAGGCUGCGGAAGUGGCUGAAAUGAGG